AUGUUUACUCAUGAUUAUCUAGCUGCAACAAAUGCAAGAAGUUUAUUAGAAGAUCAAGUAAUACAUGAUGAAGAUAACAAUAUUGAAGAAAAUAUAUUAUCUGAGGAUGAGAAUGAGGACAAUGAUGAUAUGGAUUAUGAGAAAAUUCUAGAAGCUAAAAAAACUAAUCUUUCGUCUUGCAUUGUCAUUGAUAAUUUGGAUGGAGCAAUUAGACGCUGCAAUUCAACAAUGUCUCUGUUAUCAAUAACUCAAUUAAUUGGAACAUGGGAAGUUCUAUGUCCUGGUUUGAAAUUAUGCUCUGUAUUUCAAAGAAUUCCAAAUAUUGCUUCAAGAUUUACUGUUCAAGACAGAUAUGUUAGAUUUAUCUGUACAAAAUGUUUUGAAAAAUAUGAAGACACUAACCAUAUAUUAAAACUUUUUUCAUCUUGGUUAUUUAAACUCUCAUAUUCUUCAAAUAAGAGUAAAAAAAAAGAAGUAUUACAAUAUAUUAUAAAAUUGCUAGAAACUCCAAGAUCAUUAUCAUUAUAUUCGUCAUCCUCGAUGAAUACAAAGUCUUGUUCACCUAGUCUAUUGCUUGUAAAAAUUACUAUAAAAAUUAAUAAAUUUGAUAAUUCUUCUUCUACAAAUAAAUAUCUUGUAAAACAGCUUGUUGAUGAACUUACUUUUGCAUUUUAUGAUCUUGAUCCUGCUCAGCAUGAUCUUUUUAAACAUGCACAAAAAAUGAAACACGAUGAUAUUUAUAAAACUAAAGAACCAGUUACAAAAGGAAGAUGGGUUAAAGAAUUAGUUAAUGUUUCAGCUAAACAAUAUUUAUUAGCUAAGAAAGAUUAG